GUUAACCCGAUUCGAAACAAAACAGAACACAGCUCAAAGAAAUCCCCCACCUGUUCACCAAAAUGCCUAUCUUCACAAGCUCCACUCCAACCAAAGCUAUUUCCAUGGCAACCCAAAACAUCUACUUUCUUACAAAAUCAACCAAACCCUCAUUAACCCACUUCAGACAUCUAGCUUGCUAUGCUUCUGCGGCUUCUUUAUAUCCCCAACGUUUGGAGCCAAACCCACCUGACCUAAUCAGCUGGGUCAAGAAAGAAGGGGGGUUUGUGCACCCUUCUGUUAGAAUAGCUGAAAAUGGUCAGUUUGGCCUUGGUUUAGUGGCUGGUGAUGAUAUUGCAAGUAGGUCUGAUCUUAUUGGCCUUCCUAAGCAUGUUCCGUUGCGGUUCGGAUUGAGUGAUGGGGAUGGUGGGGAUAAUGGUGACUCUGUUUUGGCCAAUGUGGCUCGGCAAGUGCCAGAGGAGCUGUGGGCAAUGAGGCUGGGAUUAAAACUUCUGCAAGAAAGGGCAAAAGUUGGUUCGUUCUGGUGGCCAUACAUCAGUAAUCUCCCAGAAACAUACAAUGUACCAAUUUUCUUUCCUGGAGAAGAUAUCAAGAAUCUGCAGUAUGCUCCUCUUCUUUAUCAGGUGAACAAGAGAUGUCGGUUUCUUCUUGAUUUUGAGAAAGAGCUGAAACGUGUACUUAGAAAUUUGACGUCAAAUGAUCAUCCUUUUGGAAGCCAGGACGUUGAUGCAUCCUCCCUUGGAUGGGCCAUGUCAGCGGUUUCAUCUCGAGCAUUUCGCUUGUAUGGAAAAAAGCUUCAAGAUGGGACCCACAGUAAUGUGCCUAUGAUGCUUCCACUUAUCGAUAUGUGCAACCACAGCUUUAAUCCAAAUGCUGAAAUAGUUCAGGAACAGGGCAAUGUGAAUGCCAAGAUGCUAGUAAAGGUGGUUGCUGGAACUGAUAUCAAACAAAAUGAUCCUUUGGUACUCAAUUAUGGUGGUUUGAACAACGAUCUUUUUCUUCUAGAUUAUGGAUUCGUGAUACCCUCAAAUCCCUAUGAUUGCAUUGAACUCAAGUAUGACGGAGCUCUUCUGGAUGCUGCAAGCAUGGCUGCAGGAGUUUCAUCCCCCAAUUUUUCUACACCAGCUCCUUGGCAAAAAGAUGUAUUAUUGAAGCUAAAUCUAGAUGGAGAAAGUCCUCUUCUUAAGGUAAGCUUGGGAGGCCCAGAACUAAUGGAGGGCCGAUUGUUGGCUGCCCUUAGAGUUCUACUUGAAAGGGAUAUGGAAAAGGUACAAGACCAUGAUCUGGAUACGCUCAAGUCAUUAUCAGUCGAGGCACCUAUGGGAAUACCAAAUGAAGUGGCUGUCCUUCGCACUUGUAUUGCACUUUGUGUAAUUGCACUUGAACACUUCCCAACAAAGUUGAUGGAGGAUGAAGCAUUAUUAAAGAAAGACAUUUCUGAUACAGCUGAGUUGGCUAUUCAGUUCAGAAUCCAAAAGAAGUCGAUAAUAAUAGAUGUAAUGAGAGAUCUUACGAGGAGGGUAAAGUUACUUUCUUCUCAGGAGUCUGUUGCCUCUUAAGUUUGACAAGUGUUUGUACAAUUGUACCCACAAGUGUUGGACACGGGUACUAAAGGUGAAAUAAAAGCAGAGGUAGCAUAGGCUAUUACCCUCUUCAAUAGCUUCCUUAGUCGCAUGCAUUCAUCUUAUUGUAAUUUCUUGGCAAAAAUAGUGUUUUACUCAAGUUAUAAAGUCGAGUUUAUGUUGGCUUUUGAGAUGGCUUGUAAUCUGUAGUGUACUAGUGUUGUUUAGGACUUUCCAAGGCGUGAUUUUAGAUGUUCAAAGCUCUAAUGAUCCACAAUGAGUUGGAGAGUUAUUUUGUUUAGUUUUUUCUGUAAAGGGGAGUUGGAGAGUCUUUAAUACUCUCUUCGUGGAAUUAGAUUUGAGACCACAGAGUUCACUUUA